UUCUAUUCCUCCAGAAAAUAGGCAACGUGCUAUGAAAUGGGUUAGGGUCUCUCACUGGAAACAAGCAAACUGCAAGAAAUGUGUCUAUAACCAAUUCCCACAGGUAUGCUGCACCCCAACAAUACACAGUUCCAUCCCUCCUCCUUUCUUCUGAUAGGGAUUCCGGGGCUGGAAGAUGCACACGUGUGGAUAGGCUUCCCCUUCUUUGCAGUGUAUCUAAUAGCCCUCCUGGGGAACGCUGCCAUUCUGUUUGUGAUCCAGACUGAACACAGCCUCCACCAACCUGUGUUUUACUUCCUGGCCAUGUUGGCCUGCACUGAUCUUGGCCUGUCCACAGCCACCAUCCCCAAGAUGCUGGGCAUUUUCUGGUUCAAUCUCGGGGAGAUUGUGUUUGGUGCUUGCAUCACACAGAUGUACAUGAUCCAUAUAUGCACUGGCCUGGAGUCAGUGGUGCUGACAGUCAUGGCCAUAGACCGAUAUAUUGCCAUCUGCAACCCCCUGAGGUACAGCAUGAUCCUCACCAACAAGGUGAUAGCCAUCCUGGGCAUAGUCAUCAUAGUCAGGACUUUGGUGUUUGUGACUCCAUUUAUAUUUCUCAUCCUGAGACUGCCUUUUUGUGAUGUCCGGGUUAUCCCUCACACCUAUUGUGAACACAUGGGUUUGGCAAAGUUGGCUUGUGCUAGUAUUAGGGUCAAUGUUAUCUAUGGCUUGAUUGCUUUUUCCGUGGGCUACAUUGACCUUUCUGUGAUUAGAUUUUCCUAUGUCCAAAUCCUCAGAGCAGUCUUCCAUCUCCCAUCCUGGGAUGCCCGGCUGAAGGCACUCAGCACAUGUGGCUCCCAUGUCUGCGUCAUGUUGGCCUUCUACCUGCCAGCACUCUUCUCCUUCAUGACACACCGCUUUGGCCACAGCGUCCCUCACUACAUCCACAUACUUCUAGCUAAUCUAUACGUGGUCGUUCCCCCUGCCCUUAACCCUGUUAUCUAUGGGGUCAGGACAAAGCAGAUAAGAGAGCGAGUACUUAGGAUGCUUAACCCUAAAAGCUAUUGAUAUUUAACCCCAAGAAAGUCUUCCAUGAUCACUCAGCAGGGCAAUAACAGGUUCCAAGCAGAAGUAAAUACUGGAAAUAUUUUUGUUAAACUCCUCUGGCAUUCCCACACAAGCCAGUCACACAGAAUUUAUCCCCAUUAGUCAUAAUUUUUACACCCCAUAGGAGCAGCUCAAAGAGUCCAAAAUAAUCACUCUACAUUUGAUCACAGGAAAAGUACAGCAAAAAACUUUUCAUAUUUAAACCCUACUGAUA